UAUGCAAAUGUUUCCGAAAAAUCUCAUUUCAUAUAUAAACCAGGCCAAAGCAAAGUGUCAUUUAUUCUGGUACCAUUUGUCACAGCAAAAUGAAUACUUUGAUUAUAGCCCUCGCCUUGGUAGCUUGCGCUUCUGCCCAAGUCUACAAAGUAGUACCACAAGCUGCCACCAUUGGUAGAUACUACCAUGAUGACACUGGAGCUUACCACAGCAACGAAGGAAAAUACAACAACGACAACAGCGGAGCUUACAUUCCUGACGGUUCCGGUGCCUACGUCCAUGACGAUGCUGGUUACAAACACGAUGAUGCCGGCUACAGGCACCAAGAAGACAAAUACAGACACCAAAACGAGAAAUUCGGCAACGGUGCCGGAAUAGUGGCUUACCGUCAACCAGCCCAAAUCCACCAAGUAGGCCAAGCCGCCCAUUACGCCGUACCAGUAGGUCUUAAACAAGGCAACGCCGCUGGUCUCUAUGACAACAGGAACUACGCCAUCAUCCGUAAAUCUGAAGAAGUAGCUCCAGACGGUUACCACUACCUCUAUGAGACCGAGAACAAAAUCCUUGCCGAAGAACAAGGAAAACUGGAACGUCAAGGGUCUCAAGAUGAAGCCAUUAACGCUGCUGGAUUCUACGAGUACACAGGACCCGAUGCAGUCGUCUACCGCGUCGACUACACCGCCAACGAGGACGGUUUUGUGCCUACAGCCGCCCACAUCCCAACUCCACCCCCAAUCCCAGCCUUGAUCCUCAAGUCUUUGGAGUACCAAAGGGCCGCCGGUAAAUUGUAAGAUGUUUGUUUUGAUUUUUCCUGUAGAUAUUGUUGAAUAAAUUUACCUACUUUGUAAGAUAUAACUUGCAUUUUCAUUUUUUAGUUAGGAUUAUGAAUGAUAUAAAUAAUAUAAAAAAAUUAUUACAAG